AUGACCACAAUAGAUUCUCUUCCCGCUGUUGAUCCCUCUAUUUUCACCCAUCAAAAGCUCGAUCUCUCCCAGCAGCAGAUUCGAAUCCUCCGUCUGCUGCCUGGCGAAUGGAGCGAUCCUAUACAGUGCAGUCUAUACAUAGUGUAUAUGAGCAUGCAUCCUCCGUAUGAGGCAUUGUCAUACGCUUGGGGCGAUGCGACAAACCGCCGGCCAAUAUUCAUUGAUGGUACUCUUUGUCAAGUUACUUCAAAUCUCGCCGCAGCUCUCCGGCGUUUACGAACCCCAGCACAAGAUCGCCAUCUUUGGGUCGAUGCAGUUUGUAUCAAUCAGAUGGAUAAUACUGAAAAAUCACAUCAAGUCAAUCUGAUGAGAGAUAUUUACUCGAAUGCUGAAGAAGGGUUGCUGUGGCUUGGCGACUUUGAAGAAGAUCACCAUGGUACUGAUUCUACUGGCCCAGUGUAUAGCAUCAGCAGUAAUGAGCACUUAUCGCAUACGCAGAACCUAUCCAGCGUCUCUGAUACAGAUUCUGCUCCGCCAGCUCUUGGAUCCACCAUCAUCUCUCAAGCGGCUGCUGCCAAAGCAUUCUCGCUGAUAAGGCGUCUUGCUUCCAAUGAUCACAUACCCCACGAGAAUCUCGUGGAAGAGACUCAGGCUUUGAAUACAUUGAUGAACCUUGCAUGGUGGCAACGCAUGUGGACAGUCCAGGAGGCGAUACUUCCCCGCAAAACAACAAUAAUUUGUGGCUGGCUUUCAAUGGACUGGAACCUGCUCGCUUCAGCUGCAUCAAACGUCUCCAGCCAUAAUAACCAAUGCUGCUCACGUUUAUUUGGAGAAUCAACAUUCGGUAUGCUUGUGGUUUUCCACCAAAGGGUUGGCACAAUCACGGAGUUCAGAAUGAAUGAAAUUUCGAUGUUUAAGCUGAGGAGCGCGUUCAUCUUCUUCCAAAAUCGCUUAGCCAGCGACCCAAGGGAUAAGGUCUUUGGACUUCUUGGUCUUUUCCCAUCGCAAAUGCAAUAUUUUUCAAAGGGAGCCGAUUAUUCACUCAGCAAGCAAGAGGUUUACAAAAGAAUGACCUUCCAUCUGAUCAAGGAAUAUGGAAAUUUGUUUCCAUUACUCAGGGGGGAUGAAAAGAAGAGGCGGCGAACCCUACCUUCUUGGGUGCCUGAUCUCGAAGCAAAAAUUGAUGAAACCAUGCUAGAUUUGGCUAUGCAGUGGUUAUGCAUCUAUAAUCUAUUUGAUGCGACUUCCGGGUCCCAGUUGGAGCUUGGCAACAGGAUUUUGAACCAUUUUAGAUUGAAAGGAGUAUUUGUGGACGAAAUCUCGGUGCUAAUGGAGUUUAAGAACCUUGGCGAUGCAGCAGGUGUAGUCGAGCAAUUGAAAGGACUGGUCACGUCCGCGUUCAGCUUACAAGAUGAUUACCCAAUGGGGGGCACCUAUGAAGAUGCGUUUUGGCGAACGCUCAGGCGUGAUUACAGUGUAGAGAGUAAUCAAGAUGGGUCAGGUGCAUUUAGAAGGUUGCGUCCAUCCGAGUUCCACGACAUGGGGAAUGUAGAUAUAAGGGAUUUGUACGACAAUGAAGCUUUCUGCCUCACCAAGAACGGCUUGAUUGGUGUUGGGCCGGCUGGUUGCCGAGUUGACGACAGGGUUUACGUAUUGUUCGGGGGUAAGCUACCCUUCAUUCUUCGAUCAGCUCGACGACGCGGGAAGCAAAACUGUUUCAAAUACAUUGGUCCGGGAUACGUCCAUGGAAUAAUGGAUGGCGAGGCUUUGGAAACUAAAGUUGAUCCAGAUGAUAUCACACUGAUCUAA